GCGGGAAACUAUUCAUGGUAAAACUCUAUUUUCUUUUUUAAAAUAUAUAGUUAUAUAUGUAAUCGCCAUGCGAAUAAACCAAAGUCUGUUUACAACCGCAAUUAUCGUUUUAGAAUAAAAGGGGGUGGUUAAUUCAAGACGUCAUACUUUUUUAGAUUACGAUUCAGUGUGAUCUGUUUGAGAUUUUUUGGUGCUUGCUACAAUUAUAAUGAUUUCUUACAAGAGGUUUAUCAUACUGAGAAUUAUUUUAGCAGUAAUUAUGCUAAUGUAGUAAUGACAUGAAUGCAUAAGCUAUGCCUCAUAGACUUUCUUGAAAAAUAUCAAUGACAAUGUUAACAGGAACAAAACAAUGACAUGCUCUCAUCUAUGUUAUAGUUAUUUAGGUACAAACAAUGUAUGUUUGUUGCAUACGUCUCUCAUUGUUUGUCCUUUGGAUUUACAUAACAUACAUUUUGAUGUACAUUGAAUCAGGCUAACAUAGUUUUAUCCAGAUUGUAAUGAAUAAAUCUAGUUAAUAUUUUGCCAGGUAGUACAAAGUAUGCAUUGCAAAUGGAAGUUCAUUUAAUUAUCAAAAAACUAAUGUUUUAUAACCUUUUUCAGGGCGCAAACCCACCAUACAGAGACUUAAGUCUACUGCCAUUCCCAGCCUAUUUUCCUGGACUAAGCAAGAGACUGAAUCGUCCGCAAAAAGAAAAAUCAGGGCAGUUUCCUGUGAAAACAAAAGAACUAAACUUGAUGAAUAUUGUAGUAGAAAUCUAGAGGAAAGUUUUGAUCGUAAAGUUGGUUUUCCUGAAGAAGUCAUUCAUACUGCAGACAGGAUUUAUGACUGUCCACCACCAACUGCCGAGCUAAUAUGUUGAGCUUCACAGAUGGAAUUACGCAAACACCAUCAAUGCCUAUAUUUUCAGCAGAGAAUUUUGAAAUGAAGACACGUGACACAGCCAUGCAUUUUUAUACCGGUUUAGAGUUGUAUACUAAAUUUUUAUUUGUUUUGACCACACUUGGUCCAGCAGCACAUUGUUUGAGAUACAUAUAUUUUCAAAUUGAUAGGGUGUCAUUUGAAAAUCAGUUUUUUUAUGACUUUGAUGAAAUUGAGGCAUUAUACAACCAACUUUGAACUGUCUAGAUUCUAGAUUGAAACUAGUGUUAAGAAUAUUGUGUAAACAUGGAUUGUUUUUAUGUCUAAACAGUGGCGUGAGGCUAACACUUGGCCAUUUAGUGGUUUAGUCAGGUAUUUUUCGCCAUCCAACUUCAAAUUAAAGUUUCCUACAACUUGGAUUAUUAUUGAAAGCACAGAAUAUCCCUUCAUAAAACCUAAAGCUCCUAGAGCUCAGGCAACCUUUUCAUCAUAUAAAAACAGAAACACUGAAAAUACUUGUAUGUUCGACACCUGGUGGUUUAGUCAACUAUGUCUCUAAUGCAUAUGUUGGUUGUACCAGUGACUGUGAAAUAGUUGAAAGAUGUAGAAUAGUUCAAUUAUGUGAUCCAGGUGACAGUGUGAUGGCAGACAAAGGUUUAAAUUUGCAAGAUUUGUUUGCUCACUUUUUUCAAAAAAAGAAACAGAAUUAGUUCCAAAACUCUUAUACGGGAUAGAAAAGUCUCCAAUUAACACGUGCACAUAGAGCUAAUUAUUGGACUUGGCAAAACAUACAAAAUUCUAAUAAAUCCUAUGAAUGGAACUGAAACAAAACUUUCAUCUGAAAUAACAUUUAGUUGUUUUAUGUUGUGUAAUUUUAGAACUUGUAUUGUGCCAAAGGAUGCAUAAAUAAAAGUGACGCAAUGAAGUUUGUUCUGAUAUAUAUAUAUAUAUAAAUAUUAUUUACAAUUACAUGCACAUGUAAAUUGUAAUGCAUGCAUGUAUAAAAAUAAGGAGAUGUGGUAUGAUAUAUAUUCAGUGAGUUUAUCGAACCAAAGUGCAUAAGAAAUGGGUUAAGCAGUUACAGGUGUUACUGUCACCGUACAAUCUCCAACAAUUAGAAAAACUUGUACCGUGUAAAAAAUUUCAGAGAUCUUACAACUAAGUUUUGUUGUCUCACCUUGACUUUGGUGAAUUGUUUAUAUCUGUUGAUGUAAAUAUAAAAAAGAAGAUGUGGUAUGAUUGCCAAUGAGACAACUCUCCACAAGAGACCAUAUGACACAGAAAUUAACAGCUAUAGGUCACAGUAAGGCCUUCAACAAUGAGCAAAGCACAUACCGCACAGUGAGCUAUAAAAGGCCCCGAAAUGACAAUGUAAAACAAUUCAAACAAGAAAACCAACGGCCUAAUUUAUGUACAAAAAAUGAAAGAAUAACAAAUAUGCAACAUAUAAACAAAAGAUAACCACUGAAUUACAGGCUCCUGACUUGGGACAGGCACACACAUGUACAUACAGAAUGUGGCGGGGUUAAACAUGUUAGCGGGAUCUCAACCCAACCCCUAACCUGGGACAGUGGUGUAACAGUACAAUAUAAGAAUGAACUAUAAAAAUCAGUUGAAAGAGGCUUAACUCAUCAGACGGAUAAAUACAAAUACAAGUGGACGUGGCCGGGUAGUUGUACAUCCAAACAACAAAAAGACACUAAGUACAGAUCUGAGAGUACUCGCAUUUACUGACAGCUUGUUCAAAGCCACUAACAACUGAUAAAAAAAUCUUGCAUCUAAGACUAAAUUAUCAAUCCGUAAGCUCCCUUUAGAAUUUUAUAAAUUUUAGAUUUUACAUUUCUGAGUUAUGGGGUUUUAUUCAUUAAAAAAGGGGGGAUUUUCCAGUUUUUGGACAACAACUCAAAAAUGCUUUAAGCAGUUCGCAUGAAUUAUUUAUAGCUAUUGAUGUAAUCUCCAUAUUGAUUUUCAUGAAUUUCAAAUAUGACAUUGAGAAGAAAUUGAACUUUAUUUGUUUAUAGUCUGGCAACAGAUUUAUUAAGUAUUGCGCAACAGCACAGUGUAUUGCAUAACAGCAAGAAAUCUUUAAUUGAAUAUAAAUUCAAUUCAUAUACAUGUAACCGAUUUCAAGUUCUUUGACCACAUUUAUUCAGAAACUAUAAUAUGUCAAAUAUUUAAUUACAAUCCAAAUUCAGACCUGUAUCAAGCUUGAAUAUUGUGUCCAUUUUUGCCCCAACUGUUCAGGGUUGGACCUCUGCGGGUGUAUCCAGCUGCGCUCAGCGAAUCAGUUUAUUUCUUAAUUAAGAACUCCUUUUUGUCGAGCCUGCGACUUUUGUCGUAGAAAGCUCGACAUAGGGAUAGGGAUCCGGCGGCGGCGUUAGCUAACUUCUUAAAAGCUUUAUAUUUUAGAAGGUGGAAGGUCUGGAUGCUUCAUACUUUGUAUAUGGAUGCCUCAUGUUACGAAGUUUCCGUCAGUCACAUGUCCAAUGUCCUUGACCUCAUUUUCAUGGUUCAGUGACUACUUGAAAAAAAAGUUAAGAUUUUUUGUAAUGUUAAAUUCUCUCUUAUUAUAAGUAAUAGGAUAACUAUAUUUGGUAUGUGCGUACCUUACAAGGUCCUCAUGCCCGUCGGACAGUUUUCACUUGACCUCGACCUCAUUUCAUGGAUCAGUGAACAAGGUUAAGUUUUGGUGGUCAAGUCCAUAUCUCAGAUACUAUAAGCAAUAGGUCUAGUAUAUUCGGUGUAUGGAAGGACUGUAAGGUGUACAUGUCCAACUGGUAGGUGUCAUCUGACCUUGACCUCAUUUUCAUGGUUCAGUGGUUAUAGUUAAGUUUUUGUGUUUUGGUCUGUUUUUCUUAUACUGUAUGCAAUAGGUCUACUAUAUUUGGUGUAUGGAAUGAUUGUAAGGUGUACAUGUCUAGCUGGCAGGUGUCAUCUGACCUUGACCUCAUUUUCAUGGUUCAGUGGUCAGAGUUAAGUUUUUGAGUUUUGGUCUUUUUUUCUAAUACUAUAUGCAAUAGUUCAACUAUAUUUGGUGUAUGGAAAUAUUUUAUGAUCUAUUUGUCAGUCACGCAGGUUUUUUUUUACCUUGACCUCAUUUUCAAGGUUCAAUGCUCAGUUUUAAGUUUUUGUAUUUUGGUCUGUUUUUCUUAAACUAUAAGCAAUAGGUCAACUAUAUUUGUUGUAUGGAAGAAUUGUUAGCUGUACAUGCCUGCCUAGCAUGGUUCAUCUGACCUUGACCUCAUUUUCUUGGUUCAUUGGUCAAUGUUUAGUUUACUUGGUUAAUGUUAAGUUUAUGUGACAGUUGUAAUAAAGCUUUAUAUUUAGGACUAUCAACAUAAUAUCAAUGAUUAGUAAAUAAGGCGAGACAUUUCAGCGUAUGCACUCUUGUUUCAUUCAUAAAUUAGUUUAUACUUGGAAAUAUAAUUUUGCUUGGAGUUCUAGUUUCUAAAAAAGUAUUGUCAUUGAAAGAGUUGACAUGUUGCAAUGUACAUUUAUUCUACAUAGUUCUAUGGUACCAAAUCAAAAGUUUACCGGGUAUAUAAAAGAAAGAAGUCAAAGGUUUCCCAUCAUAGUUUAGUUACGUACAUUUUUUUUGUACCUGAGGUCGUUGAAUAUAGAUCAUUAUAUAAAUAAGGAGAUGUGUUAUGAUUGCCAAUGAAACAACUAUCAUCCAUACAUUGUACUUACCAGUAACAAACCACAUUUGCAAAGUUGAAUAAAAUACAGAUGAUUAAAUUUAAUUAUUACUAAAGAGAAAAUGCCAAACUAUUUUAAACAGUACUUGACUAUAAACAUAGAUAAAAAAGGUACAAACUGGACAUAAUGCACUAGUUCAUAAACAAGUGAGAACAAUAGCCUUCAUAUAGUGCUCAGAAUAUGACAUUCAUAAAACUUGUUCAAUAUCAUUAGAGAACUCUAAAUCUUAAAUACUGAAAGCCACCUCUGAUAAGUACAAUGUACUAUGCAAGAUAAUGAUAUAACUGGACUAAAAAUGCAAUUAACUGCCUUUACAGCGCUUUCGCGCUUUGAUUCAGGUUAACACAAUAUGCUUUAUUUAGGCAAUAUUGCUUUGUUUUUCAGGUAAACACGAUAUGAUUUAUUUAGGUCAUUCACCUGACAUGACUUAUAUGUACCUGCAUGCUGGUCAUAAGAAAGAGAAUUACACAUAUAAUAUAAGUAUAUCAGUAGACAAAUCUCAUGGCUUGCAGAUAGUUGGUAAAUGUACAGAUCUAGUAGUAAAGGUGUUUCCAAUGAGAAUGUACUCCAGUGGUGAUGUAACUGGUGUAAUUACAGAUCUGAUUGGCAGUGAUGUGAAUUCUAAUGACAGUGUUAUUAAUAACUUGAUGGACAAUGGAGACUAUACAGGUGCUGUAAACAUCUUAGGAGGUGUUGCGUCAUCAUUGAAUGAUAAUGUCAACAAAUCAAAUGACGAAGAAAGUAAACAGAUUAGAGAAGUAAUUGUCUCCAGUUUAACGAAAGUGUCAGUUACAAGUUUAGAUGAUCUAGAUCUAGUGGCAGGAGUGUUGAAUUCAGCUACAUCAAUAUCUGAUGAAUUGACAGAUUAUACUCAGGAUACAGCUUUAGAUAUGUACUCCAGUUUGACAGGUGUGUUAUCCAAUCAGAUUAACAGCACAGCUACAAAUAAAGGAAAAGAAUCUGUUGGCCUAUUAUUGGAUGGGUUGUCAUUCAUGUUGGAUGCAAAUACGAAUAAAGGUACAGAAGAAAUGGAGAUCACUACAAAUCAUACACAUGUUAAUACUACAAAAGUGUCAAAGGUAAAAUCUGGUCGAACAUCACUGACCUUUGCAACAUAAUA